ACUAGCGCUCGUUGGACAGCUGUUCAGCCGCAAAAAUUGUUAUUUACAUUUAUCAAUCUCUCCUGAUUUCCCAUAACUGCGAAAUUGAAAACUUGCCAAGAUGGGUGAACGCAAGGGCCAAAACAAGUACUAUCCGCCGGACUAUGACCCAAAGAAGGGCGGCCUUAACAAGUUCCAGGGCACACAUGCGCUGCGGGAACGCGCUCGGAAGAUCCACCUCGGGAUCAUCAUCAUCCGCUUCGAGAUGCCUUACAACAUCUGGUGCGAGGGCUGCAAGAACCACAUCGGCAUGGGAGUGCGAUACAAUGCCGAGAAGACCAAGGUGGGUAUGUACUACACGACCCCGAUCUUCAAGUUCCGGAUGAAGUGCCAUCUGUGCGACAAUCACUUUGAGAUCCAAACGGAUCCCGGCAAUCUGGACUAUGUGAUCUUGUCCGGGGCCCGGCGACAGGAGAACCGCUGGGAUCCGCUGCAGAACGAACAGGUGGUGCCGGAAACCAAGGAAGUUCAGAAGCGCCUAUUCGACGAUGCCAUGUACAAGCUGGAACACCAGGCCAAGGAUGCCAAGGCGGCGGCAGAUGCCAAGCCGGUGCUGCAGAAGCUCGUGGAGCGCAACAUGAGUGUCUGGGACGAUAGUUAUGUGGCUAAUUGCCGUCUCCGUGCCGAAUUCCGCCAGCAGAAACUGGAGAUUAAAGGGCAGCAGGAUCUGGAUCGUCAGCUGCUGGCCAAGAGCAGUCUGGACAUUGCCUUGCUACCCGAGACGAGCGAGGAUCGUGAGAUGGCCGCCCUGAUGAAGCUGCAAACCAAGUCGGCCCUGGAAAGGGAAUCCGAGCAGCGGCUGGAGCUGCUUAUGCGUCCCGCAUUGCCGGGAGCAACCCAGACUACUUUUGGGGGCUUAAAGCGGCAGAAGGCUCUGAAUAAUCACCUCCAGCUGCAGGAUUUGGGCAUUAGGCGAAGGAAAGUAGAGGAAACGGAAGCCAGUACCUCAAGUGGGAAACUCCAGAGUCUGGUGGGGGACUAUUCCUCCUCGGAUAAUGAGUCUAAUAGUUGAAUUUUAAUUCUGAUUUGCUUUGAAGUUUCAAAUAUUUAUAGAUUGUGAAGAUGUGAGGUCGGUAUGGGGGUUGUAUUGAAUUUAAGGAGCGUAGAUCUUGAAACAUUUAAUAAUGUACUUUAAUUUAAGAUUGGAUUUCUGCCUAACAAAUUAAAAUAGUUAUUUACGAAUGAAAA